GUAAAAUGUUUUCGUAAGCUUUCAGAAGAGGUCAACAACCUUUACAAUAGUAGCAACAACCCAUGAAUAUUUCGUUCCACAAGUACAGAACUUCAGUUAUUUAGUUAAUUGCAAGCCCAACAAACAAAAUCCUUUUCUUAAACCCAAUAUGAGAAGGAGAACAUUAGCCAAUUUCUUGGUUCGACUAAGAGACAGAAUCUGAAUGAGUCUUUCUAUUAGGAACAACAAGUGCCUCAAAUAUCGGAAGUGUAUAGAAUUUUAGAGCAAUUGCAACAAAUGAUGGUAGUCAAAUUCAAUGACUUCUAAAAUGUCAUAAACGAUCAAGAAAAAGCAAUAAGACCUUUGAUUGAGUAGAAUACUCAACUUAAUAACUAAUUAACCAAUGUUCUUUAACAAAGUGAGAAGGUGCUAUCACAACUCACAAUUAAUUUGGAGAAGAGUGAAUAGAUCAAUAAAAGGAAUUAAAAAAAGAAGAGCAGUGAGUGUUCAGAGGGUGAUCUCGGGGCAGUCCAAUAGUUGCUCAAGACUUUGGAUGACAGACUGAACAACUUGUCGAAUGAAGUAGAGUUGAUAGCAGAAACCAAUAAUAGAUUCCAGGUGCAUGUAAUGGAGAUUGUGAAUAUAGAUAAAUUGGAGCAUCGUGAAAACAUGCAGAGAGUGUUACAAGAGAUGGAUAAGGCAAAAAGAUCCAUAUCUAAGAAAAUAAGGCGUUGA